CACCCCUUCUCCUCCCACCUCCCCUUCCCUCUGUCUCUCCCUCUCGUUCGCCCACAUCCGCUCACUUUCUCCAGCAGGCUUCAAACACUUUGCAGUCACUGACUGAAACAGUGCAGAAAUUGAACUGGCUUGUGGUCCGGAACAGGUUGACAUUAGAUUCAGAAAUAGGAUGUCUAUUGUGAAUAUUGUUGCCAGGGAGAUCCUGGACUCCAGGGGAAACCCCACUGUGGAAGUAGAUCUGUACACUGGCAAAGGUGUUUUUAGGGCAGCUGUGCCCAGUGGUGCAUCCACCGGCAUCUACGAGGCUCUGGAACUCCGAGAUGGAGACAAAACUCGCUACAAGGGCAAAGGUGUAACCAAAGCUGUUAGUCACAUCAAUGACACUCUUGGACCUGCCCUCAUCCAGUCUGGAAUCAGUGUAUUGGAGCAGGAGAAACUGGACAACACAAUGAUUGAAAUGGAUGGCACUGAGAACAAAUCUAAGUUUGGGGCUAAUGCCAUUCUUGGAAUAUCACUGGCCAUAUGCAAAGCUGGCGCAGCAGAGAAAGGUGUCCCCUUGUACCGCCACAUUGCUGAUCUGGCCGGAAACGAAGAGUUGGUCCUCCCAGUUCCCGCUUUUAAUGUAAUCAAUGGGGGCUCCCAUGCUGGCAACAGACUGGCUAUGCAGGAAUUCAUGGUACUUCCUGUAGGGGCGGAGUCUUUCCGUGAUGCUCUGCGUUUGGGGGCGGAGCUCUACCAGACACUAAGAGGUGUCAUCAAGGAGAAGUAUGGUCAGGAUGCUACAAAUGUGGGAGAUGAGGGAGGGUUUGCCCCAAAUAUACAAGAAAACAGUGAAGCCCUGGAGCUGAUUAAGACUGCCAUAGAGAAAGCGGGCUUCACAGACAAAAUAGUGAUAGGGAUGGAUGUUGCCGCUUCAGAGUUUUUCAUCGAGGGCAAGUACGACCUGGACUUUAAGUCUGCACCCAAUGCUGCCCGCAACAUCAGUGGUGAGGAGCUGGCGAGUAUCUACCAGGGCUUCAUUAACAACUACCCAGUGGUGUCUAUUGAAGAUCCUUUUGACCAGGACGACUGGCCGGCUUGGUCCCAGUUCACAGCCUCAGUGGGCAUCCAGGUGGUCGGAGACGAUCUGACUGUCACUAACCCACGCCGGAUACAACGAGCCGUGGAGGACAAGGCCUGCAACUGCCUGCUGCUUAAAGUCAACCAGAUUGGCUCUGUUACAGAGGCCAUCAAGGCGUGUAAGCUGGCCCAGGAGAAUGGCUGGGGUGUGAUGGUGAGCCACCGCUCAGGAGAAACAGAGGACACUUUUAUAGCUGACCUGGUGGUUGGUCUCUGCACUGGACAGAUCAAGACUGGAGCACCCUGUCGAUCAGAACGUCUGGCCAAAUACAAUCAGCUUAUGAGGAUUGAGGAAGAGUUGGGUGACCAGGCUCGCUUUGCUGGGCACAACUUUCGCAACCCCAGUGCCCUUUGAGUGCCAGUGCCAUGAGCAGUGGCACACAAGCACGCAAACAUAUAAAUCCUGUUAUAUUUCUCUAACCACACUAGCUUAAACGCAUUAAGCCUAAUUAGUUUUCAAAUAAUAAUGCACAGAUAAUGAACUGUAGCUACAGUACAUUGACCAGGCGCUUCAGUGAUGGAUUUAAUUGACUACAACCGGUUGCAGCUAAAUCCUGAACAAGGCCUGGAGGAAAAGAUCAGUGUUUCACCUCACAGCAAACGAGCACUUCAAACUUGUUUCUCAUUCUUUCCUGAACCCUCUGACUGUCUCCUUUAGACUCACUGCAAAAGUGGUUUGAUCUUUUGUGCCCUGCAGAUUCCUCUUCCUCUUCCUCGUCAUGUUGUUUCUGAUUUGAACUCUCAGCAGCUUGCCACAAAAUUGUAUCUGUCACUUUGUCUGUCUAUUAGGUUAUCCUUAAUAAAGAAAUGGAUACAUGUUAACU